CUGAACCAGUUGAAAAACACAUGUCAUCCUAACUUCCUCCUGAAGUAAGCGGGGAGCCCAAAAAAAUCCCAAAUUUAGAACAGUCUAGGGCAUCGGACGCGCCCCGCCGAGAAGCUGGUCGAAUCCCCUCCUAAAUUAUGAGUUAGCACCCAGCCCCUACGCAUCCUGCGGAUUGCUGGAUCAUUUGCUCCCGUUCCACCGAUUCCUGAGCGAGGAUUCGUCUUUGGUUGACUGAGGGUUAGGAUCUUGAGAGGCUUUCUGUUGGAAAUAUGGGCAAGCCGCUUGUCUAUGAGAUACUGGAGAAGCCGGCCAGUAGCAGCGUCAUAGGCAUCUGCUCCCUGAUCUGGUUCUUCAUCCAGAAGAGGAGCAUUGGAUACGCGGAUGUCGGGCUGAGCUACGAAACCGUCGUGGAAGGCGGGCAGUACUGGCGGAUCAUCACCUCAGCCUUUUCGCACAUCAGCGUGGUGCAUUUGGUGUUCAACAUGAGCGCGCUGUGGAGCCUCGGCGUCGUCGAGCAGCUGGGGCACAUCGGGCUCGGUGUCGAGUACUACCUGCAUUACACGCUCGUGCUCGUGGUGCUGUCUGGAUUGCUGGUUCUUGGAUUCUACCACAUGAUGAUUCAGAGGUUCAAGGUGGAGUACUUCAGGAGGGCGACCGCCGUUGGCUACUCGUGCGUCGUGUUUGGGUGGAUGACAAUUCUGGCUGCCAAGCAACCAUCGUCGAAGCUGAACAUUUUCGGGGUUCUUUCGCUGCCGAUCAGCUUCGCGCCAUUCGAGUCCCUGAUAUUCACAUCCAUCAUGGUCCCGCAGGCUAGUUUCAUCGGCCAUUUCUCGGGGAUCAUUGUUGGGUACUCAAUUGCCUGGGGUCUGAUUCAUGGGAUGAAUAACUACUGGGCAAUCACUAUGCUCGGGUGGAUUGCCCUUGUAUUUGUCUUGAGCUUGAAGCGUACAGGGUCUAUGGAAUUGAGUUUUAUUGAGAUCGAGCCAGUCACGGAUCCCUCGCUACCUUCUGUUGGUCUGGUAACCUCCAGAAAUGGUAGAACCCUGCAGAUGGAUGUGUUGCCUGGAGGAAGAGUAGCAGACAUUGUAUAACUUGCUGAGAGGAAGGCUCAGUCACUUAAAUGUUCGAUAAAUCUUGUUUUUGUUUUGAAAAUUGUAUCAUGUCGACACAAUGCUAUACUUUCAGUUUUGAAAAUCUGGUGUCACGGAUGUCUUUGGUAAUCGCUGGUGUAAAGGAGUUCUUUAUCUGGACUUCCAGGUGUAUGCUCAUUUUGAAUAGAAAGGAAUUCUUUGUGAUAGUUACCAUAUAAAGAAAGGUUUCCC